GUGGGAUCAGGCCCUUAGCCUUUAUAUUAAAAAAAAAGGCUCUUGUUAGCUGUUUUCGGGCGAGUUAUUGUUUUGGGCAGUCGAGGACGAUGGCGGGACUAACCGCGUUCAGGAAGGGGGCGUAUGUGGGUGACACGUCAGCUCUCGCGCUGCUGACGUGGCGUAGACGCGCAAUGAUUCUCGAUCAACGAGCUUCGGAGGGAAGUGGACAUUUCCGAACGGAAACAGCUUCCACACUUUUCGCAGGAGUUGGUCAUCAACUACUUUGGUACGAUUUGCGGUCGGGACAUGCCUUGCUGGCACUGCCAGUCUUUGAUGGAGUCAGAAUUCACGGAAUUCAGGUCCAACCUUUGGAUGACGAAGUGGACGCAGGAUCGAGUCCUCGUUUCGCAGCGGAGCAAAGAUCGCCGUUGGAUCGAGCUGGAGGAAAAUCUACAUUUGCUAUGGCUUGCGGAUCAAAGGAGGAGCCUUCGCUUUCGCGAGUCGAAUCGAGCAGGAGCGCUGGGAUUGGAGUAGAAAAUGGAGGAGGUGCCAUCAGAGAGACAUGUGGUAGAUUUCCUGCUGAAGUUGAUGGUGGCAACCGAAUUGCCAAUGAUGCGCCAUCAAAGCGACACAUGGGAGCGGGAAGAUGGGUAGGACGUGGAAAAGGAGUGCACGCGGAAUGCCUUCAGUCCUAUCGUGACGUUGCUGGCGAUUGCGAUGGCGAUGGCGGGCGCUUGACGAUAGACAAGCUGUCCGCGGAGAAGGAACAGCAUAAUGGUGAUGACGAUGCCGCUCAUGGGAACGAUGUUGCCCCUCGUAUGGCCAACACACUAAGUAGAAGAAAUGGGGGAGGGACAGAGAGAUCUUCGUUGCCAGAUUUGACACGUGGCACUCUGCCAUGCUUUGAGAGUGACGUGGCGAUGGCGACGGGAGAUCGAUUUGUGCCUACUACGUGUGCGUCUCUGGGAAAUUGCCGAGAAGAGGACAAACUGUCAUAUCCAGGAUGCAAUCGUAAUCAUCAUCAUCAUCCUCAUCAUCAUCAUCAUCAACAGCAUCGUGAUCAUCAGCCCAAGGAGGGAACUGGCGAUGGCGGGAGCGAUGGAGAAGAGGCAGUGGCAUUGGUUGCUGUUCAUGGGGAAAGACGAGUGAAGGUGUAUCUUCUGACAGCAGACGGAGGACAAGGAGCAAGAGGAGGAAGAGGAGGAGGUGGUGAGGGAGAAGAGAUAGGAGGAGGAGGAACAGACGGAGGAGGAACAGACGGAGGAGGUGCCACUGCAGGCGGGAUAUCGCAGCCGCAAAACCCUCUAUGCACGUGCUUUCGUCUUUUGCGAGCGUUACCACGGUUAAGUCAAUGGGUUCUCGAUGUACGAUUCUUGCAACGUUCUGGCGAUGACCUCCAAGGGGAUAAUUUCCCCGAAAAGGAAGCAACAAUAGCCAUGACGAUGAACCCCGACGUGGAAGAAUUUGAUUGGAAGGCGUCUCGAUACAGUCUGAUUGCUGUUGGCACGAGUGCGAACGAGAUCCAGCUGUGGAAUUGGAGCGUGAAUAUGAAGCUCCACCAUGUGGUUGGUGCAGAGGGCUUGAAGCCUGAUGACGCGAAGGUGGCCAGCAUUCGUGACUGGCCGCGUCCUCAGUCUGUGACUGAGGUCAGAUCCUUCUUGGGGAUGACCGACUACUACCGCGAUUUCGUGAAGAACUAUAGCAUAGUGACGGCACCCUUGUCGGAUCUCACACUCCUUGACACCCCCUGGGAGUGGACAGACAUGUGUGAGGCUGCUUUCGGACAUUUGAAGCAUUCCAUGACACACCAUGAGGUCUUGAAACCUCCUGAUCCUGACAAGCCGUUCGUUGUGACCACGAAUGCCAACCAAUAUGGCAUUGGUGCCGUGCUCGCGCAGCAGGAGGGGAAAAAGUUGAGGCCGGUAGAGUACAUGUCCAAAAAGAUGCCCUCUCAGAAGUUGGCUAAAUCCACCUACAAGAAGGAACUGUAUGUGAUCUACAAAGCGCUGACUCGAUGGGGGCACUACCUCGUUGGGCGAUUCUUCUAUGUCAGGACUGAUCAUCAGACCCUGAGGUGGAUAAGGACCCAACCUGUACUCUCCGAUGCUUUGAAACGCUGGACUGAAGUCACAAAACAAUAUGACUUCGAGCCUCUGGAUGUCAAAGGGGAGUACAACAAGGUUGCUGAUGCGCCUCUGGAUGUCAAAGGGGAGUACAACAAGGUUGCUGAUGCGCUGUCUUGUGGACCAGACUUCCUUGGGACACUGAUUAUUGAGUUUGGGCUUGCGGACAAUGUUACUCGAUCCUUGGUGGAAGCCUAUCGCGAGGAUCCGUUCAUCGCAAAGAUCAUACGCAGACUCGAGGCGAAGGACAAGGUGACGUCUGACGAGUUUGUGUUGGUCAAUGACCUGUUGUUCCUCGAGAAGGCCUGGAAUAAACACUACGAAUGGCAGAUCCUAUCUAGCCUAGACUACAAUGUCGAUGAUGACGUCAACAACUCCCCGAAGUACGAGCAGAUCUUGGACAAUGCCGCACGCUUCAAGCACCAGGACAUACGACUGGAAAGAAGAAGAAGGGAGCAAAGAGGGGAAUCCAGUGGUACACAAGCUGAUCCGUUGGAGAAGAAGAUUUCAGAGUGGGUGGCCAAUUUGUCCCUGGGAGAAGCCGAGGAAGCGAUAAUGUAUGUGCCCAAGGAAGAACAAGAGGCGGCUAUGAAGGAGUGGGAGGCAGAAGAGGACCCACUCAAGCGACAAGUCAUAGAAGAUGAUAAGAGGAUGGAGUGGAAGUUCCGCCUAACAAGAGAAAGGAAAGCGAGAAUGGAAGCAGUGAGUCAGGCGGCAAAAGAGUUGGAGGAGGUGAAAAAGCAGAGAGAGCUGAUGGCGGCGAAGGAGGACCUGUUAGGGAAGAUGGAAAUUAUGGCGAGGAAUAUAGAGCGCCUGACGCAGGCCCAGGAAGAGCACUAUCAGUUCUCUAGAAGUCAGGAUAUCGCCCUGCGUUCAAUACGGCUGGGGUUCAGGGAGUUUGCACGGGAAUUAGUGGGCGUGGUAGGCUUAGAGGUAAAAGCUCGCCUGGAGAACACGGAGCGUUUUUGCACAGGCGCCAUAGAGGGGGAAGAAGUACGCCCUCGUAGAGAGCCUGUCAAAGUCAAGUUUCCCGAUUCCUACAGUGGGAAGAGGGAGGAGAACUUUGACAACUGGCAGGCCAAUGUCAAGACCUAUGUGCACUUGCAAAUGGUCUCUCCAGAUGAGCACGUUUUAAUAGCCAUCCACGCCCUGAAAGAGGAAGCCGCCAGUUUUGCUCGUUCCAUGGUCCGUGCCGCAAAUUGCAACGACGAUUUGGUUGCUUAUUUUGCCUUCACUCCCCUCAGCGACUUUCUUAAGUUGCUGAGAGAACGGUUUGCAGACGUGACCCGUAGUGUCAAGGCGUUUGAUAAACUGUAAACCAUCCACUCCUGCCAGUGGAAGAGUGCUAGGGCCCUUAAGGGGGUAAUGGAUGAGUUAGUUGCCGUCCCUUACCAUGGGGUCAC